UACUUUCAACCGGAGGGUAGCAGCAUUGUAUUUUCUAUCCCGAGUAAGCGAUUUCUAGCCUGUACCGGAAGCAGCGGCAAUGGGACUGAGGACGCAAGACAGGAGGGAAGGCGAGUUCCCCGCACACCGCUGGUUAUAGAGGCAUGUUCUCCUACUGCUGGUUUGCAACUGGUGAGAGAUUUACCGUUUAGACUACAAUCAUGGAACUACCUACGAAGAAUGACAGACAACGGCGGGGAGGCAAUAUAAACUCUACGGUUACCAACACAAGAACGACACCGGUGGCUACCUUCCUCUCCAUUGGCUUCCUUUGCAUGAAAGUUAUUUGCGUCCAGGCUGCAACCAUCCAGUUCACCAAGGAGCCCAAAUCCCAGGAUGCAUUGCACGGCCGCAGCGCCAUGCUCCGCUGUGAGGUCAGCGAUCCAGCCAACAUCCAGUACGGUUGGCUACACAACGGCCAGCCCCUGGACAACUCAGACAGACGGUUCCGUGAGGGCAGCAAUCUCAAGUUUACGGCGGUGGACCGGAGCCUGGAUGCUGGGAACUUUGAAUGUGUAGCCGUCAACACGGUCACAGGAGAGGAGGUCCGCUCCACUAAUGCCUCCUUCAACAUCAAGUGGUUGGAAAGUGGGGGCAUGGUCCUGAAGGAGCCAGCGACGAAGGCGGAGAUCGAAAGCUCUGCACCAGUGACGUUACGAUGCCAAAUUGACGGACACCCACGGCCCACAUGCCAGUGGUUCCGGGACGGGGUGAAACUCACGGAGAAGACCCAUCAGAUCAACAACAAGGAGCGCACCCUGACCUUCAAGAGUGCCAGUCCGGAUGACAACGGCCAGUACUACUGCUGUGCCAAGAAUGCAGCCGGCCAAGUGUGCAGCAGCACCAACUUCACCCUCAACAUUAUCGAUAAGAGCUUGCCUCAGCCGGUGGUCACCCCUGAGGACCAGGUGGUCCUGAAGAACGAGGAGGCCAUCUUCCACUGUCAAUUCACGGCCAUCCCGGAACCCAGCGUGGAAUGGUUCCAAGACACCGAACUUCUCACCAACAAGUCCCGAGUGGUUGUGUUUACCAACGGCACCCUGCUGAUCACCCAGGUGAAGCCCAGAAACACUGGCACCUACAGGUGUGUGGGCAGAGGGCCCCGGGGGUCCGAAGUCACGCUCCAGGCCUCCCUCCGCAUAGCAGAGAUCGAGGACAUGUCUCCCAGACUGUCCCGUAUCUUCACAGCUGACACCAUGCAGCGUGUGUCCUGCACGCCCCCGAAUGGGAAGCCCCAGCCUGAGGUGUGGUGGGAGCGGGAAGGUGUGCGCGUCCCUGCAGAGGGCCGGGUCUACCAGGAGGACUCUGUCCUGAUCUUCAGUCCCACCGAGCAGGCUGACUCUGGCUCCUACACCUGCGUGGCCCAGAACAAGGCUGGCCGUAAGACCCAGGAGUUGAGCGUCACUGUGGCCACUGCCCCAGUGUGGGUGACCAAGCCCCAGGACAGCUACCUGGAGGAGGGCAGACCAGGCUACCUCCACUGCCACGCCGACGCCACCCCAGAACCUGAGGUCACCUGGCUGCGCAACAACAUUGUGGUCAUGCCUGAGGACUCACGCUUCACGGUGUUCCCCAACGGUACGCUGCGCAUCAACAACGUGGAGGUUUAUGAUAACCAGGUGUACGGCUGUGAGAGCAGAACCGAGGGAGGCAGUCUGUCCGGGCACGCCAGGGUCUACGUUCUAGAGAAGCUGAAGUUCACACCUACACCCCAGCCAUCCCAAUGUCUGGAGCUGGACAAGGAGGUCAAAAUUCAGUGUUCAGCUACAGGCAGGAAGCCGCCUGUCAUCAAAUGGACCAAAGCAGACCAUAAGGAGCUUCCUCCUCGUGUGGACAUGAGGAAUGGCCAACUCCACUUCACCAAAGUGACACGGAACGACGCCGGAAACUACACCUGUAUCGCCUCAAACAGCCUGCAGGGGGAGAUCCGAGCUGUGGUCAGCCUGACUGUAGCAGUGUACAUCCGUUUUAAGCUGGAACCAGAGAACACAACAGUGUACCAAGGCCACACUGCGAUCCUUCACUGCCAGGCCACUGCUGACCCAGAGCCCCAAAUCCAGUGGAUGGUCAAAGACAAGGUUCUGGACGCCAGCAGGAAACGGUUCCAGAUAAUGCCCAACGGCUCGCUGGUGAUAACGGAUGUGACCACGGAUGACACAGGCAAGUACACCUGCAUCGCCGGGAACAGCUGCAGCAUCAGUGACCGAGUGGCCCAGCUCUAUGUCGUGGAGAAACCGGCACCGACAUCAGUGGAUCCUGAGGACAAGGCCCCAUAUAAGAUGAUCCAGACAAUCGGUCUGUCUGUUGGGGCAGCCGUGGCUUACAUUAUUGUGGUGCUGGGCCUCAUGUUCUACUGUAAGAAGAGACGCAACGCCAAGAGGCUCCAGAAGGGCCAGGACGGAGAAGAGCCAGAGAUGGAGUGUCUCAAUGGUGAAGCAGGGGGGGCUGUACAACAGAACGGCCACACAACAGCUGAGAUCCAGGAAGAGGUGGCACUUACCAGCAUUGGCACCACAGUGGCAGCAGAGAAACGCCACAGCAGUGCCAACGACAAGCUGAACUUCCCCCGGGCAGACCUACAAACUAUCACCACACUGGGGAAGGGAGAGUUUGGCGAGGUUCUUCUGGCCAAGGCAAAGGGCAUCGAGGAGGGCGAGGAGGAGACGGUGGUGCUGGUGAAGAGCCUGCAGAGCAAAGAUGAGCAGCUGCAGGUGGACUUCCGGCAUGAGGCUGAGAUGUUCUCCAGGCUGAGCCACAGCAACGUGGUGCGCCUGCUGGGACUGUGUAGGGAGGCCGAGCCCCAUUUAAUGAUCCUGGAGUACUAUGACCUGGGAGAUCUGAAACAGUUCUUGAGGAUCUCCAAAAGCAAAGAUGAGAAACUCAAGUCUCAACCAAUCAGCACCAAAACCAAAGUAUCCAUCUGUACCCAAGUGGCUCAUGGGAUGGAGCACAUGUGCAAUCAUCGCUUUGUCCACAAGGACCUGGCUGCCCGUAAUUGUCUAAUCAGCGGCCAACGCAGUGUGAAAAUCUCAUCUCUCAGCCUCAGCAAGGACGUUUACAACAGUGAGUACUUCCACUACCGGCAGUCAUGGAUUCCCCUACGCUGGCUCCCGGCUGAGUCCGUUUUUGACGAUGACUUCUCCACAAAGUCAGACGUUUGGGCCUUUGGGGUUCUGAUGUGGGAGGUGUUCAGCCUCGGUGAACUGCCAUACACCAAACUGACUGACGACCAGGUGCUAGAAGGUCUGCAGGCAGGCAAGGUGAAACUGCCCGCACCCGACGGCUGCCCCUCCAAGGUCUACAAGCUCAUGAGUCGCUGCUGGGCCGCCAGUCUCAAAGAGCGUCCCUCCUUCAGCGAAGUCGUCAGCGCCCUGGCGGAGCUGCCCUCCGACAGCAACGUCUGAACAGAGGACAACUGACCCCGCCCGAUCCCGAGGGCAUGACCUCAGACCCCACCUGCUACCCCCUGGCCCCCUCCACCUCCUACCCUAUAUGCCAACAGAAAUGCUGGAUUCUGAGUCACACACAUUUCAGGGAUGAGGGGGAGGAGUUAUUAUUUCAAAGGAUGUGUGGAAAAGACGACUUUUGUUAUACCAGUGGAUUGGAGACAUACCGCAAUGUGUUUGUAGAUGGUCUAAUGUGAGAAGGACACGAUUGCCAGAAGUUUACAUUUGCCUUAAUCACAGCACGGAAGACUGAUGCUAUCCCUCUGGGCCCAUAUGGUUAUGCUAUACCCGUGCCAGGCCUGGGUCACUCAGGGUUGGUUUGACCCAGAGACGGUCUCCCUUCUCCUUCACAGCCAUGCGGCACAAGAAGCAUAAAAACGACAGUGCCUCGCCUGCGUGGACCUCAAUCAGACGACUUUGAAAUCCUCUCAACUAAUCAAGGAGAAAUUUUGCAACUUUUGUCCAGCAGGGGGCACACUUUGUGUGGGCUGGACUGGUCCCGAUACCUAAACACUGUAUCUAGUGUUUGUUUCGGACUUGGAAUUUGGAGCCUCUUAUGUGUUUCACUGAGGCUGUUGUCUGAGCUGUUGGACUGAAAUCUAUUGAAGAGACAAAGAUCAGGGUACAAAAUGGAUAGGGUUUCCCAUUAAGGUUUAUACAAUAAAAGUUUCAACUUUAUAGUCUGUUACACAUUUUGUUUAUGGAACUCAGUGGAUUGUCUUAUCACUAGAAAUAUGAAUUUCAAAGGAACAAAAUUAAUCAAAUCAAAUACAUAGACAAGGAAUAUUUUGAGGCAGUUUAUGUUUUUGUGCAUUAGGACUGUCAUUUGAACCCCAAGGUUCUCGACGGUAAAAAUCACUGAUGGCUUUUACCAUAACUGAUCACAUCUUACUAGUAUUACAUAUCCAUAUCACAGUUACAGUCAGUGAUUAUUACAUGGGCUGCAAUGCUGUCUUUUCAGAGGUCCAAUCACAAUUCCCCUUCUUUUCCAGCUGGUCCAAUAUAUUUGUGCAAUGUUGCAAUAUGGACCAUCCCACAAGGCGAUGUGGACAUACUGUAGAAAUCAUGCACUAACUUCACUUAAAAAUAUAUAUAUCCCUUUUUAUUAUGGUCAUAUUUUAGAAGGAUGUACCUACGGGAACCUGUUUAUUUAUUUUGAAGGUCCUGUUUUUUUACCUGUCUUUUUUCCAUAGAAAGGUACUUACUUCACACAAAAAAAACAGUUGUAUAUAUGUUUUCGUUCUCUUGUGAUACAUCUCAGUAAUGAGUCAUUAUGUUAAUACAUUUGUUAUUACAAAAGAACAAAGAUGGUUAAGCGAAAGAGCCACAAGUCGCCCAUGCUCUUCAAGGGACUUAAGUGCCUGGUAAAUGAAGGAAUAUUCGCUGUUUUUCCUAUUUCCUUUUUCACAAUAUCUAAUCAAUAUCAAAAAGCCUGUUUUUAAAUACCUCGUUUUUUUUAUUAUGUUUUUAGUGCAAAACAGUUUUUUUAUGAAUGCUGUGCCCUCACCCCUAGGCCAUUUUUCUGUUUUUUAUCUGCUUCAGCUAAUGAUCAGAGUAACCACAAUGUAUACACGCUGCUCUCAAUAAAGGCUAACGUUUUUUAACCAG